UACUUUCAAAAGGUACGUGGGCAGGGAGAUAACGCAUCCACUGACCUGCAAACAGAUUGGCCGAAGUGCAGGAGGAGGAGCCAAAGAGAGAGAGAGAGAGCGGGAUGAAUGGAUGAAGGUAGGAGGAUGCAGAGAUAGGGACAGAGUGCUAGUUGGGAUGGAAAGAGCCGGGAGAGGAAAUCACUAAUAAUAGCACUGCAGGGAAGCGAGAGCAUGCAGAGAAAAAUGUGGUACACGCAGCAAAGCGAAUCAUGCCGAACCAGAGCAGUGAAAGAGUGCGAUGGAGCGAGAACGGGGAAAGUUGAAAGCACAUGCUCUGCAUUCCCACAUGCAUGAUAGAAAAGGCAGAAAGAAGAAAAAGCACAGGGAGAAAGACGUGCUCAGUGCAGAGGAAAUUACGGAUCCCAUUGGAGAAAAAAACUCACACUAAGACAGCUUUAAGUUCUUGUGUUAUGUGAGCGCAUCUGUUUGUUUAAUUUAAAUCCGUCUCUUUCAAAUAGCAACUUUGAAGACGCGCUAAAUUGCAGCUUGUGUGAUUGUGUGUGUGAAACAUGCCCUCCGCUCGGCCUUCAUCCGAUGAUGCAGAGGUGUGAGAGCCACGAAUCCGAGGUCCAGCGGAGCCCCUCAUUGGACAGCGCAGAGUCAGAAUUCACCCGGGCGGCCCGUCGGGGUCACCGUCUGGCCGUGGGGGCCUUUUAUGGCUCCCGGGGCUCAAAUGUCAAAGAUCAAACAGCACAGAACGACGGAGCUGUUGUUGCGGUCCCGCCAGGAGGAAAGCCUCAGGAUAAGCGCGUGUCUGCCCGUGGGAAGUAUGUUGUGUUUUACCUGGACUUGUCGUUUGUGUUGCUCCUAGAGUUUGAGAAGCUGAAGAUGGCUCGUGGAUGCCUGUGCUGUGUCAAAUACAUGAUGUUCCUCUUCAACCUGCUGUUCUGGUUGUCGGGCUGUGGGUUGUUAGGUGUGGGCAUCUGGCUGUCCGUUUCUCAGGGCAGUUUUGCCACAUUCUCCCCCUCCUUCCCCUCCCUCUCAGCUGCCAAUCUGGUCAUUACCUUGGGCUCCGUCGUCAUGGUAACGGGCUUCCUGGGUUGCCUCGGUGCCAUCAAGGAGAACAAGUGCCUGUUGCUAAGUUUCUUCAUUGUUCUGUUGAUUAUUCUGCUGGCAGAGCUGAUUUUGCUCAUCCUUUUCUUCGUGUACACGGACAAGGUGAGCGAGAACGCUAAACAGGAUCUUAAAGACGGCCUGCGGCUCUACAACACGGACAAUAACGUCGGCCUCCGCAACGCCUGGAACAUUAUCCAAGCUGAGUGGGAGUGUUGUGGUGUAACUGGGCACACAGACUGGCAUGAUGCCCUGCAGGAGAAAACGGUGCCAGACAGAUGCUGCCAGGAGCACUACAGAGAGUGCGGUCGCAACGCCACUAACAUCUUCUGGUCACAGGGUUGCUACGAGAAGGUCGAGGAAUGGCUGAACGACAACAAACAUUUGCUUGGAACCAUCGCGAUGUGUGUGCUGGUGUUACAGCUGCUCGGGAUGGCCUUCUCCAUGACCUUAUACCAGCAGAUCCACAGGGCGGGAAAGAAGUACGAUGCCUAGAGGAAGCCCAGUGUUAAACUACAAAAACUCUUUGAACACCUUAUGUAUUAUUUCAAAGCCCCGUUUCAUGCCAUCACAAACUAUUACCACUGAAAAAAAAUGUUUUUGAGUCUUAUCAGAUUUGAUUAUGUAGAACACGCUGUAGAUAUUUUUGCUCGGCUGCUGAGUGGGUAUUUUUUUUUUUUUUUUUUUGGCCUGAGGUCUAACAGCAACUGUAA